GUCCCGUGAGGCGCGUGGGGCGGGCGGGGUCCGGCCGGAGCCGGGGUUGGCGCUGGGGAUGCUGCAUCUGAGCCGACUAGCCGGGCUUGGGCGGUGGCCGCGGGAUGGCGAACGUGCGCGUGGCCCUGAGGGUCCGGCCCCUCAGCAAGAGGGAGAACAAAGAAGGGGGAAGAAUUAUUGUGGAAGUUGAUGGCACAGUGGCAAAAAUCAAGAAUUUAAAGGUGGACAGCCGACCUGAUGGCUUUGGUGAUUCCCGGGAGAAAGUUGUGGCAUUCGGCUUUGAUUACUGCUACUGGUCAGUCAACCCAGAGGACCCCCAGUAUGCAUCUCAGGAUGUGGUGUUCAGGGAUUUGGGGACUGAAGUACUGUCUGGUGCUGCCAAAGGCUACAACAUAUGCCUUUUUGCCUAUGGUCAGACAGGCUCUGGGAAGACCUACACCAUGCUGGGGACCCCUGCCUCUGUUGGGCUGACGCCGCGUAUAUGUGAGGGUCUCUUCAUCAGAGAGGAGGACUAUCCCCCACUGCCUUCCUCCUGUAGGAUAAAAGUAAGUUUUCUGGAAAUAUAUAAUGAACGUGUGCGGGAUCUGUUGAAACGAUCUGAUCAAAAAAAGUCCUAUACCCUGCGGGUCAGGGAGCACCCAGAGAUGGGACCCUAUGUCCAAGGUGAGCCACUGUGGUCCUGGAGGUCUGAGACCAACCUGAAGCCUGGGAAUUUUCCUAAUGGUUUAUCUCAACAUGUAGUUACCAACUAUAAGCAAGUAAUUCAACUCUUGGAGGAGGGAAUAGCAAACAGAAUCACCGCGGCAACCCAUGUUCACGAGGCCAGCAGCAGAUCCCACGCCAUCUUCAUGAUCCACUAUACACAGGCAAUCCUGGAGAACAACCUCCCCUCUGAAAUUGCUAGCAAGAUCAACCUUGUGGACCUAGCAGGCAGUGAAAGAGCAGAUCCCAGCUACGGCAAGGACCAGAUUGCAGAAGGAGCCAGCAUCAACAGGUCUCUCGUGACUCUGGGCAUUGUCAUCUCCACUUUAGCUCAGAACUCUCAAGUAUUCAGCAGCUGCCACAGCCUCAGCAGUACAGCCAGUGAUGGUGGUGAUGGUGGGAUCCCUCGCUCUCCUGGGACCAGCAGUGGAGGGCGACCCUUCCAGAGACAGUCGUACAUCCCAUACCGGGACUCCGUGUUGACCUGGCUGCUGAAGGACAGCCUUGGAGGCAACUCCAAAACCAUCAUGGUUGCUACCGUGUCUCCUGCACACACUAGCUACAGUGAGACCAUGAGCACACUGAGAUAUGCAUCCAGUGCCAAAAAUAUCAUCAACAAGCCUCGGGUAAAUGAGGAUGCAAACGUGAAGCUGAUCAGAGAACUCAGGGCAGAGAUUGGAAGACUGAAAGCCAUGCUGCUGAGCUUCGAACUGAGAAGCUUCAGUCCACUGAAUGAAGAAAAGGAUGAAAACCUGAAGGAGCUGGUUCUCCAAAAUGAAUUAAAGAUAGACCAGCUGACUAAAGACUGGACCCGGAAAUGGAACGAGUGGAAGGCCCUUGUGGAGCAUUACAGAGUGGACAUCAACAGGAGGAGGGCUGGGGUGGUCAUCGACUCCAGCCUGCCGCACCUAACGGCCUUGGAGGACGAUGUGCUCAGCACAGGUGUUGUGCUUUAUUACCUCAAGGAGGGGACAACAAAAAUAGGAAGGAUCGACUCUGACCAGGAACAGGACAUUGUCCUGCAGGGUCAGUGGAUCGAGAGAGACCACUGCACUAUCACCAGCGCCUGUGGGGUAGUUGUUCUACGACCGACUCGGGGAGCCCGCUGCACAGUCAAUGGCAGGGAGGUCACUGCCUCCUGCCGUCUGACCCAAGGAGCAGUCAUAACUCUGGGGAAAGCACAAACAUUCCGAUUUAACCACCCAGCAGAGGCCGCUGUCCUGCGACAGAGAAGGCAGGUCGGAGAGGCUGGCCGGGGCGGGGGCUCUUUGGAAUGGCUGGACUUGGACGGAGAUGCCACUGCCUCCCGGUUGGGUCUCUGCCCUUUGCUUUGGAAGGAAAGAAGAGUGCUGGAAGAGCAGAGUGAUGAGGACCACCAGCCCCUGAGGACUGCAGAGUUGCGCCACAGGGCCCGGAUUCAGCAACAGUGCUACGUGGGAAAUUCGAGGCAGCGAAUCCUAGCGGGACAGAUCCGAGCCAAACAGGAACUGGAAUUCGACCAGGCUCGCAUCUGCCGGCAGAUUAAAGACAACCAGCAGUGGCUGCUUGGAGGAGAGACCUGGCUGGCUGGCUUGGAACAGCAGCAACAGCAAGACUGCAUAGCAGGGGAAGAACCUGAGGCCUCUGGGCUAGCUGGCGCUUGGCCUCAGACACAUCCCGAGACCCGGCUCCCCCGACCGGUCCGAGGCCAGAAGCGGCGGUUGCCACUGCAGCUCCAGCGGAGAAACGCUCUUCGGGCAGCAGAGUGGAACAUCCGGCAGAAAAAGCUCUCAUUCCAGCUAGAGAGAAUCAUCAGGAAGCAGAGGCUGCUGGAGGCCCAGAAGAGACUAGAGCCACUCGAGGCAUCAUGCUGGCCCCAGGGUGACUGUGCCCAGAAGCUCCCAUACCAGAUCCCCUGCUCUGAUGCCGUGGUCCCAGGGCCUCAGUGUAGAAGCAAAUCAACAAGCUGCAGUUCUUUGAGCCUCCGAAGGCUCUGCGGCCAGUACUUGCCACAGCUACGCAGCAUUUUCCUGAACUGGGAUCCCUGCACCAUGUUACCUCCUGUGCCUGACUCUGCUGACCAAGUGGCAGAGGAAACCCCAGCAGAAAAGUAUUUGCCCCAGACUGCUGCUUACCCUCCAAGGACAGGGCAUUUCAGCAAGAAUGUGCUCCAUUCAGGCAAAGGGCAGCUCUGCACAGCCGGGGAGGCCUUGGCCGGGAAGAGAGCCUCAGCCCUAUGCACCUGCCUCCCUGUGAGCUCUCAGUCUGCCAGCAUCCAGGAAAUGGAGAGAGUGGGUAAGCAGCCCCGCUGGGUGGUGUCCCAGAGCCUAGCAUCUCUGGGCCAAUCAGCUAAGAAGCUAAAGCCGAGGGAGGAGCCAGAGGCCCUCACUCCUUCCACCCAGACCAGAAGGGCUAAGGAACUAGUGAACUCUGGCUGCCCACUGGCAGGGUGGCAAAAAGAAGGGAUCCACAAGGCCACUAAGGGAGCCGGCUGCAGUUCCUCUCAUCCCCGUGGACCCAAACAGGUAGCUGGGUGUGGAAAAGCAGUCAAGACUUUCUGGACAGAUUCCAAACCACCUUCUUCAGGCAGGGCAUCAAAAAGGCAGUGGAAGGUGCUAGCAGCUAGGGUCAGAGGUAUUGCCAAAAAGUCUUCUUGCUUGCCACUGGGCAGCCCUUUGAAGAGGCAGCACAGUGCAGGGGACCCAGACACCAUGAGCUCACUCACAGGUUCCAGCCCAGUAGUGGAUCAUGCAGGAGAAAAAGACAGUGACUUGCCUGAUGCAGAUAGCUGUUACUCAGUGGAUUCUCUCCCCUGUGUCUAUGCCAAAGCCCUGACAGAGCUGCUGAGGCCAGAGGACCCUCAGGGGAUGGAGCAGGAUCUCCCAGAGCCAGAGAACUCGGAAAGUGAUGACAGCCAAGUAUCAGAGGACUCGCUGGCUGAGAAGGGGUGCCAAAGACCACAGGACAGCCCGGGGGGCACUUACCUUGCCAAUGGUCACAGCUCCCGCAGGGCUGGAGCUGGAGCUUCUGUGAGGGGCUCCACCACAUCCUCAGGCAGUGGACCAUUCACCCGAAUACACAGGCGCUUUUCCCUGGAUAGCCUGGUUGAUGCUGAGGAAGAACUGGGGGAAGAUCAGCAAGAAGAGCUUUUCUUCAGUUCAGCUGAUGAGAUGCCCACAGAAACUUUUUGGCGCCUGCAGACCUCCAGUUUGCCCAUAGUAGACCAGACGCCAAUGUGCAGCCUUGAUCCCAUCAUCCACAGAAUAGGAGCCAGGCUGGAAGCCAUCCUGCCGAUGAGCAGUUCAUUUUACCUUGCCCCCCAGCCCCAGCCCCACUGUGAGCAGUCUGAGGUGGAGGCAGGGGCAAGCUCCUCUGAACAAGCCGAUACUCCUCAAGGCACCCAGGUUCCAGCAGGGAGCCCUCUGCUGUCCACGGGUUCCUCAUUUUCCAGUGACUCCAAGAUUAAUCCCAGCAGUCCCCCAGGAAUAGCGGGUUCUUUAUGUCCAAGUCCUGGUAUCCAGGAGUUUCAGCCCUGUGGUUGGGAGAAGCCUGGCUACUGGCUAAAUAUGGAAGAACAAAAGUCACCAGAGGCAGAAACAGUCCUGUCCUAUAUCUCCAAACUGCCCCAAGGUGGUGCUGAGCUGCCCUGCAGGGUAAGAAGUGUAUACACAAUACCUGCUUCUGAAACAUCCAGGCUGUCACUCUGGAGGUCUUACAGGCUUCUUCAGCCAGGAGCUGACGGCACCUUUCAGGCCAGAGGUAUCCCUGACCAGGCCCAGCAGGACAGUGCCACAGCAUCCGACAGCUCCAGGGUGUCGCAUGUGGUGGCUGCGUCUGCCGCCUCACCAACUCAUGUGCACAGUGCCUGUGACAGGGACUGGGCUGCCCUUCAGCAGAGGUACCUCCUUGAACUAUCUCCUGUUUGGGAGGCCACAGGGCAGUCCAUGCCAGGUUUCCCCUCCCUUGAGGAAGACUCUGGUGCCCUGACCCAAGCCUCUGGCAAAGGAGGAGAUUCUCUGUUGCCGUUUGGAUCUGUGGCUUCUAGCAGUAUGAAUUUCAACAACUUUCCUAUCCAUUUAUCCAAAGUUAGGCAUGUUAAAGCAGAGAAAGAACAGGACAUUGCGAGUGCUGAGUUAGAAGAUAUUUCAGAUCUCUUUACAACUAGUGAGAAAGAGGUGAGUUAUAGUGGAACUUACUCAGCAGACAUAGAAUCAUCAUCUUCAGAAACUACAAAUGUACAGGUCUUUGCAGCAGAGGACAAGAUAGAAAAUUCCAUGAUGGAGGCAUGUGAAGUCAAACAGAACGACUCGGGAGAGUCUUCUCAGAGCAGAGGGAAACCUGGGCUGACGACUUCCUCUGAUGAAUGUUUCCUCCUGAAAAACCCCUGUGACAAUCAUGUCACCAUAGCCACCAAAGACGGCUUUUGGCCCCAAGGCCAGGCUCCUCUCAGGCAGGGCAGUGCAGGCCAGGUGGGGAAAUUAAGUCACAAGAGCCACCAUCCCCAGCAGGAAGGGAAGGAAGACUCCCAGGAGAGCUUCCAGGAAGUGGUUGGAAGACACACCGAUGUUUCCUUUGCCUUUUUGUCAGGCUCAGAGCUGCCUCCUGACUCUGCUCCCUGGGAUCCAUUCCCAUAUUCCUUGCAGCCACCUCCCUUGGGAACAUUCUAUGUAACCAAAAGCCGGGAUGUCCUGACAGAAACUGCCUUAGAGAUUCCAGCCUGCAGAGAAGCAAGAGCACCUUCCCCACCCCCUUGGGAAGCCUGGUGCUUGAGUUGUGACCCCCAGGUCCUCCAGAAUAUUUAUUUGAAGAAUAAUUUGCCAGUGCUGUUAAAAAACCAGAAUUCCAAUAUUGCUUUAUCUCAGCAAGUCACAGCAGAGAGGCCAGUUGAUCUGAACACUAAGGAAAUUAGCAGAGAAAUACGGAAAUGCCCUGGAAAUGUUGAAGAAGAAAGCCAUAAUUCAGUUUAUUUUUCUGUUGCUCAGAAGAGACAUUUUCUUCCAUCUACCAGCAUAAAUGUAUAUGAUUUUGAAAAUCAAUUUGGAAUUUUAAAUAAACACAGUCUGCCAGUAUGUGCAGAGGGGGAGAGGGCCGCUGUUCCAUCCUAUUGCGGUGUUCCCUCCAGCCACACUGGGUCUAGGGAGCCUCUCUUUGUUUGUGAAUCUGAGGCAGGCAGGAAAGAAGAAUGGGAUCAGAAUGCAGUCCAAGGACAGAGUCAGGCCUUUGAUACAAACAGGCAGUUUCCUUCUGGUUCCAGGUCUGAUUUCAUCUAUAAAACCAUCCAUUUAGGCUUUGACAAGGACAUGCGCAGGGAAACUGCUGCUCCUUUGAAGUCCAAAUCAGUAUGUCAUAGAGCGAGCAGCCUAGACAUAUUGGCCAUUAGACAUCCAGCCCACAGCGGGGAAGGGAAGAAUGAAACUGGGCUUCUUGGAAAAGCUCUCCAUUCUAAAGACAGCUCAGAAGAGUUUAAGCUUUCAUCUACAUAUGAAAGAUUCCAGUCAGUUACAUGCUGUCCGGAAAGAAACCUGAGUGAAUGCAGGGGUCCUGGAAAGUCACAAGAAAUGUUAAAACCCAAGAGAGAACCUUCUGGAAAGAAACAGAAUAAACAAAUUAAUCAUACUGAUGAAAUGGCUAGGCUAGUUAGGAGUGUAAUGCAGCUAGAAAAUAGCAUCUUGGAAAUCAAAUCCAAGCAGAACAGGCAGCUGUAUGCUUCCUACACGCUGGGAGUCAGUAAGGAAUUCAUGUUUCAGGACCAGGAGAUGGCUGACCAUGUCCUGCAGACAGGCAGCUCUGAAAAUCACUUGUCUCCCAAGGAUCAGCCAUCUUCUCCCAGACAGACAGAUGAUGUUACCUUUAGGGAUAGUGAAGCUAGAGAAAUGGAGGCUAUCAGUAGCAUUGGGAAAAAUCCUCAGGUCCAGAAAACCACCCUGAACCCAUUCAAAUCAAAGGAAUGUGUACCAGACAUUAAAUUUGCGAGAGCACACACCCACCUGGCUGCAUUUGACAGAUCAGCUAGGGACACUUGUGAUUAUUUAGGGCCAUGUACAGUUCACAGAGAGUCUACCAACACUUCUUUUAAUCCAAGGAGAACAAAAGCACUGGCUAGAACUCAGCCCAGGCCCGAGAAGUCGUCUGAGAAGGAGGGUGAGUUGAUGAGCACAUCAGCAAGCCCCAGAGGGCAGCCUUGUGGUUUGGGAAGUCUUGAGCUGGAGACUGUGAAAGGUUUUCAGGAAAGCCAAGCUGCCAAAAGCACAAGUAGUUCUAAACAAGAGGAGCCAAACGUUCAAGGCGGAGUUGAAGAAAUGGCUGUGCAGCGAGGAAGGAGGCUACAGGAGGAAAACAAGAUGGUCUCAUCGACUCAGAAACUUCCUAGUCCCAGCCAGUGUUGCAUGGAGACCCUCUCCAGCCAGGAGACUGGUGCAUUGCUGAGCCAGCCAGACUCCUCCACAGCUCCUCACCAGGACUGGAGUAAUACCUUGCCCUUGAAUUCUCCAAGACUGUCAAGAAACUAUCUUCAUGUACCCAGUGCUAUAGGCAUCUCUUCAGUUGACUGUGGACUAGAUCCCACAAAGUUCAAAGUGGCCAACAGUCUCUUAGGGUUGGAAGCAUGGUGUCAAGACCAGAGUAGAGAGCCUGGACACCAUGGCUCUCAAGAAAAUGUUAGAGGGGCCUCCUCUGUGGCACACCCUGCUUGGGGUGGAUCUAUAAUAUCCAUGGCCAUGGGAUCUUAUGGCCAACCCUGGGUACCAGAGGUGGGUGCAGAGGGCAGGACAUCAGCAAGCACUAGGCCCCAAAACAAAGGAAGGGACCUCAGAAGCAAUUUAGUGGGCUUAAGUCCUAGGGUGGGUUCUGCUUCUGAAGCUGGGGCAGCUGUGCAAGGAGGAAUGCGACAAGCCAGUUCUCUGAACAGGGUCUCUAGCUUGCUUGAAAAGUGGGCCAGCUGCUCAUUAGGAGAGGGUAACAACCAAGGCAGGAAGGAGAGACAGACAGAGAAAGAGGCUGAAGACCCCAGUCCUGCCAGUAGUUCCUUCUCAGGUCCUGGGUCCCUGCCAAGGGGGCCUCCCUCAGAGCCCGCUGUGCCUGCAGGCCUGGCUGUGCUGGAGGAAGUCAGACAAGCAGAGGCCCAGGGAAGGCAGCCUCACAGCUUGCUGCCUGGCAGCACAGUGCUUCCUUACUAUGAGACUUUAUCAGAACGUGACUGCUCUUCAGGGGCCCCUGGCAGGCCUCUGUGUCAACAAGUGGACCAGUCAGUAUCAGACAGGACCACGAGUGAGAGUGAAACACAAGGAUUUCAUGUAGCAUCUCUCUCUGCCGAGCCGGGACAUCAGUUGACUGAUGAGAGGAAAGUCCUUCAGGCCACACCUCUCUCUGCAGACAACUUUCAACCUCUGCCCAAUGCCGAAACUAAAACAGGGUUGUGGCAUCCCUCACAGACCUCCUCCCAUGCUGCCCCUGCUCUAGGCAAAAGCCAUUGUCCUGGACAACUGAGACAUUUGCUGGGAACAGGUGAACAGUUUAUAUGCCACUCUAGCUCUUGUGAGAUGAUAGAGAAAAUGAAAGGAGCAACCAGAACACCUUCCUCUGCUGAUCCUUUGCGCACAGACAAUCUUCCUUCUUCAGCAGCUGUAGAAGAGAAAAUGGUGGUUGUCUUUCCUUCUCGGGCCCCUCCUGAUGAUGCUGGAGCGGUUCCACGCAGGCAAAGCCAGCUAGCUCCAUGGGAUGCUGCAGAGGGCAUGCCUCCUGGCCAUCAGGAGAGCAUCCCAGCCCAUUGGGAACCUGGAACCCUAGAUACCACAUGUGGAGGAGAUUCAGGUAGCUUCUUAGAGGCUGAACAGGGAGGAAAAACAACCUCAUUUGAAGGUCAGCAUGUGAGCUGUGUUGUGCAGGGUUCUGCCAGUCUCUCAGGGCCUAACCAAGACCAUGUCCAAUGCCUUGAGGUUUCCACUGGUUUAGAAGAAGGGAGGGCGAGUCGCAAACAAAGUGCUGGUCUGCCGGGAGCCCUGGGGAGGUUUGAACUGGAAGCUCCCUCUCGGAAGUGUGUGAAGUGGAAGGCAAGUGUUGGUUUGGAGCUGGCAGAUGCCUACGGGCCUGGAAGCAAACAUCCUGGGCCAAGUGCACCACUCGAUCAAAGCCCUCCCUCAGGUCCUGGGGGAGUUAAGCAGGAGACCCGGCACAGACGUUCACAGGGAACUCUGGACUGUGUUGUCUUCUCAGGGCACACUGAAGGCAGCGGGACUCUCAGCCCACCUGUGGGGCAAGAAGACAGCAGAACUCUUUCCUGCCAGCAACUGCAUGAUGCUCCACCCGUUGCUUCUCAUGCCUGCUUCUCCCCUCCCUCCACUUCACUGUCUUACCGGGAUGAUGAUCUGGGGAAGGGGACUUCCAGGGCUGUCCCCCACACUCUCAGCCUGCCCUGUGUAGUACGUCCCAGGGGCUGUGGAAUGGAUGAGAGUGGAGCGAGCUCUUUCAGGGAACCUGAUGCACUCUUGGUGCGUGGCCUUGAGCCCAAAGGCAUUAAUGUGGAAUUUGGGCCAACAGACAGCACGGUUUUGGAGCCCUCUGUCACUGCUGCUGUCCUAGCUUUGGCUCAAGGUAGCAGCCCCCCUUCUGCCCCUGAUGAGAGGACAGGUUCUCUCAGUGACUUGGCUGAUGGAAGCUCAAGGUCAGUAGGGAAUCCUGAGAAAAAGGUUGCUGAGAAGAAAGUGGGCAGAGAGCUUGAGGCUGCAAAUAUGUACUCUGAGCCCCUGAGGUUGUUCCAGGACAGCUCUGAAGGUGGCCAGAAUGUACACGGGUGUCAAACCAAGCCAGAACUACCUUUAACAACUGGGCAACUACACACCCUGAAUUUAAGUGAAGGGUCUGUUCAGAGUGAGCUGCUGGCAGAACCAUGGCAUAGAUGUUCUGGAAAUGCUGUCAAAUGCCAUUUAGAAAAGCCACAACUUUCCACUUACUCCAGCGAUCACAGUGGCUUGGAUCCCCAAGCUACCUUUGUAACAAAGUUAAAACAUAUCCCCAGCCCCCAGGUUGGCAGUCACUGGGAGGAAGAACAGCAGAGAAACCAGACUUCAGGUGCUGGUGAAGGCCCUGCCCAGGGUAGGGGCCUCCAGCCUUCUGGUGGAGGUGGCUUGGAUGGGUGUCAGAUUGGAGAUGUGGGCAGGGAUGAGGUGGCUGCGGCCAACCCCCCUAUGUCCAAGACAUUCUCAUCAGCCUCCAGAGACUCAGCCACUGUGCUCUUGGGGCAAAGUGGAGCACCGCAGCCCGCAGCCCACAGCCCUGGCCAGCCCGCUCCGCACCGCAGGAGCUCACUUCCUGCGAUUGCAGUCUCCGGUUCCGAACACUCCAGGUCCUCCCCUAAACCCCAGUUCUCUGGGGUCAGCUCUUCCCGGUCUCUUCAGGAGCUGAACUUGAGUGUUGAGCCUCCUUCCCCCACAGAUGAAGAUAUACAGGAGCCUAACAGAUUGUGGUCCCCACAUCCCAGGGGCUCUUCCUCGGGAAAGUCAGAGGUGAGACCGUCUCUGCAAGCUGAGGGCUGCAGUCAGGAAGCCUCAUCCUACUUGGACAAUAGCACUGCUGAUCACAGGCCCCUGCAUCCUGCCACCCCUCCUUACCCAACGUCUUCAGCACUCUCAUGCAUGCCAACCCCUGAUUUCCCAACCAGCUGGAUGUCUGAUACUCUGGAACAGGCCUGGCAGGAAACGCCAGAGAGACUGGGUGGCCAGGCCAGGCCGGAGAAGUGGCAGUCCAAGGAGGACAAAGGAGUGUUGCUCUUUGGCUGCAGUGACAUCAAUCCCUACGCCCGGCCCUGGCAACCCGAGGGGCCCGCACGCAUUGGCUGGAAGCAGUAUGUGUUUGGCAGUGCAGUAGAUAUCUCCUGUAGCCAGACACUCCAGAGCCUGAUACCAUCUAAUGUGACCCUGUGCUCGAGUGUGGACAACUGCCUAGAAGACCAGAACUCCCCAUUCCACUCCCACCUCAGCACCUAUGCCAAUACCCGGGGUCUGUUGAGCACACACAGCAGCAUUGAAAGUGCCCAAGGUUCACGAGAGGCCUGGGAGGUGUGGGAUUCCCCGUUUGCCUUGGGGAACUCCCUUGUCCUGACUGGCCUGGAAGGAGCAGCCCCCACAAAGGGUCCUGACAAGAGAGCCCAGUUCCCAGGAGCCCCAGGUGAAGCGGGCUGCCCAAGGUGUGAGCCCCCCUUGGCUGAAGAAUGUGCUGCUGGUCCAGUGGAUGAUGAGAUCAUGCUGCUGUAUCCAUCAGAGGCAGGCAGCCUUGAGGGACAGUGCAGGAGGAGCACCUUGGAGCAGGGCACACAGACCCUGGGCUGCAGUCUUCACUGGAGUUACACCAAUGUCUCUCUUGCUCAGCCGGAAGCCAGCACAAUGCCAGUCUGUGAUCUGGACUCCUGGACCAGCAUGCACAAUCUGUCUCUCCACCUCUCACAGCUCCUGCACAGCACCUUAGAGCUGCUGGGGAGCCUCUCCCAGCCAGGUGUGGCCGGAAAGGAACAGAAUGCCAAGAGGGAGACCCCAUGUGAGGCACCACAGGCCCUCAUGAUGGACAGCUGUACUCAGACCACCGUGAAUGAGGUCAUCCAGACUGACCUGGCCUCACCACCUCUGCCACUCCAGGACCCAAAGGCCAACCCUCAGGAGGUCAGUGCCAUCCUCGAAGAGCUGGGCUCAAAUGUCUCCACUAUGUCUCAGGAGAAGGGACAUGUCUCAGGGAUGCUUCAGAAGAAAGAGGUAGAAGAAACAGCAUGGGAAAUGGCAGGGCCCCCAGAUCUUCAGGCAGAAAGCACACCCUGCAGGCCCCAGAGCCCUGCAGGCCCCUCAUCCCACUUGAAGUUUCUGAGAGUCCCCUUUGGGCAGAACCUCCCUGCUGAAGGCCCCCUGUCUCCCCACUCUCAGCCUGAGGAGCCCUCCUGCCUGUCUGUCAGCCUUAGCAGCCCUCACUGCCCAGAGCCCCGCCCCAGUGCUGUGGGGUCCAUCAGGAAACCGAGGGUCCAGAAGGAGCCAGGCCCCAUGAGUGCCCUGGUGGUGGACAGGGCCUCCUCCCCAAUCCUGACACUUAGUGCCAGCACCCAAAGGUUGGGGUUCCCCUCAGAUCACCCUCUCGAAGGCCACCAGAAGCUUGUCUCCAUCUCAGAUCUUUCCCUUGAUGUUCCCAGGCCUUCAAUGGAUAAUUAUUCUCAAACCCCUGAUGAACCAGGUGGCUCCCAGGGAGUGGGGGCUCCAUGUGGGGAAGGCACAAGUCCCUUAGAAAGAAGUGAUGGUAGGUCCUUCCUUGAGGUGAGUUCCCUGGGCAGUCCGCAGCAGAGUCCGACACCCCAAGUUCAUUUCUUAGAGCAGCCCCCUCAGCAGCUUCAGCCCAGGGCUAGUGCCUGGAUGCAAAGCAGACUGCCCCCUCCACCACCGAUGAGCAGGAGCCAGAGGCUGGCCGAUGGCUCUGCGCCCAAAGGCGUGGCUUCCCUGGGGCUUGGCCCACAGAGCAGUAGGGGGCUGAGUCACUGGCAGAGCAGGACAGAAGAUGGGGAUGAGAGUGCAGUGUCCCCAGUGGAGCCCCAACCUGCUGUGGACCUUUCCUCCUCGUGGGGAGGCUGCCGACGCCCCAGGCCCUGCCCUGUGUCUGACCUGAGUGAUACUAUAGGGCUCCAGGCUUCUACCUCAGGCCCAACCGUGGCCUGCCAACCUGGGGGGAUGCUGUGCCGCAGCUCUCGGACGUGCAUGGCCCCAGAGUCCCAGCAUCACAGUCUGAGGGACCUUCCAGUGCAUAACAAAUUUAGUAAUUGGUGUGGGGUCCAGGAUGACCCUCCUGGGGGGCUAGGUGUGGUGGAGCUGCUGAGGACCAGACGUGAUCUCCGCUCUGUAGAGCAGAAGCCUUCACAACCUCCUGACAACCAGAGCCAGGAUCCUGAGUGGUCCCCAAGGGAGCAGGUGCCCCUGCAAGUUGGGCCCCAGCACCUCUCUCUCAGUGUGGAACUCACAGAAGCAAAACUGCACCGCGGCUUCGGGAAGGCAGAUGCGCUGCUGCAGGUGCUGCAGAGUGGGACGGGGGAGGCGCUCGGGGCUCACGAACCCGCACAGCCCACCUCAGAGGAGCUCUAUGGCCGGCAAAAACAAACCAUUGAGAUCCUCUGGAAAGAGCGAGCUGAGCGACUUCAGAGCUUCCACGGGACACGAAGCCUCAGCCCGCAGAAACAGCCGGGCCUUCUAUCCGGCAGGGGGCUCCCCACCCGAGACCUUGACUUACCCAGCAGGCGCCGAGAGUAUCUGCAGCAAUUGAGGAAGGAUGUUGUGGAGACCACCAGGAACCCAGGGCCAGCAUUAAGGUCUGCUCACCCACCCUCUAACAUAGAGCUGAUGCUACGAGAAUAUCAGCAGGCCCGUGAGGAGGCCAAGGUGGAGAUCGCCCAGGCCCGGGACCGACUGCGGGAACAGACUGAGCAGGAGAAGCUGAGAAUCCGCCAGCAGAUCAUCUCCCAGCUACUGAAGGAAGAGGAAAAGCUACACACCCUGGCCACCUCCAGCUCCCUGUGCACCAGCUCCAGUGGGAGCCUCUCCUCUGGUAUCACCUCUGGCUACAGUAGCAGCCAGGCUUGGCCAAGCCAGCUCCAGUGCCUGGACAAUGGGAACAUGCACUUGCCUGACUCCAGAGACUCCUGGAUAGGGGAUGUACAAGACCGUUCUGCAGUGAGGAAUAGUCACCUGAUUCUGGCUGGGUCCUCCUGGAAGAGCUUAGCCUACAGCCACAGAGCCUCCCUGGGUAGUUGCUGUUCUCCAUCCAGCCAGUCCAGCAUGGGGACCUGCUUCUCCUCCUACCAGGAUUUGGCCAAGCACAUUGUGGACAACGCUAUGGCUGAUGUGAUGGCUGCUUGCUCAGAUAAUCUGCAUAACCUCUUCAGCCACCAGGCAGCAGCGGGCUGGAACUAUCAGGGUAAGGAACAGGAGGUGCAGCUUUACUACAAAACAUUUUCUUCUACUCGGCAUGGCUUCCUGGGGGCAGGCAUCGUGUCCCAGCCGCUCUCUCACGUGUGGGCAGCUGUAAGUGACCCCACCCUGUGGCCCCUGUACCACAAACCCAUUCAGACGGCGAGGCUGCAUCAGCGGGUGACCAAAAACAUCAACCUGGUGUAUUUGGUGUGCAGUACUGCCCUGUGUGCACUGAAGCAGCCACGGGAUUUCUGUUGUGUCUGCGUGGAAGCCAAAGAGGUGCCUGCCUUGCUGGUGGGGCACCUGUCUGUCAUGGCAGCUCAGUCUGUGUAUGACAUAUUCAUGCCGAGACCCAGCAGAGAGAUGAUCCGAGGGGAGAUACUGCCGAGUGCUUGGAUCCUGCAACCCCUCACAGUGGAAGGGAAGGAGACCACCAGAGUCAUCUACCUGGCCCAGGUAGAACUUGGGGCUCCAGGCUUCCCUCCUCAGCUUCUAAGCUCCUUCAUCAAACAGCAGCCACUGGUCAUAGCCAGACUGGCUUCCUUCCUUGGUAGUUAGCAUCUCACUGUCAGGAUGGUGCAGGCCGGGGACCUUCCAGUGAAGCUGGGGCAGCUUGUUACUCUCUGUGCCCAGACGCAACAAGAGCCGAGGCGAUCUGCCAUGGGCAGUCUGGCAGCAAGCAUGGAGCCCCGAGUGGCCAGAGCCCAGUCAGCCCUUGGUCACAGCCUGCACCUCAGCAGAGCUAUGGGGCCUGACCUCCUGGCCCCAGCCAUCCAGAGGGAAUGAAGCUCAACUCACCUUUUUGGAUUUCUCAGCUGCCUUUUCCACCUCUGGAGCCUUAUGGCGCACAAGCUGACCAAGGACCAGGAUUGGACACAGCCAGCAAGGCUGGGAGACUGCAGUGCUUGGGCAUGGUGCUUCCUUAUUUUGCCCCAACCGUCUGAUUGGUAUGGAAGCAGGAAGCCACUGGCCAAGACUCUGCUCAGAAUCUGCCUCCAUCCAGCAUUCAGCUCCACUGUGGGAAAGAGCGUUAGAAAAUACCAAAACAGGAAAAUGGCUUUAAAAAACCACUGCACAAAUCAGAACAUUGUUUAAGAAUCGUUUCUCCUCCUUGAAUUUUUACAAAAUGCUUUGGUAUUAAUGUCUGCUUCCCCCAUUCCUUUCCCUCACAGGAGAGGACACUGGGGUCUCUGCCUCAGGCAGGGGUACUGAGCAGGGCUGUCAUGGAGCCACCUCUGGAGCUCAGCAGAAUGGGAAGACCACUGUAGAAGCAGGUUAGACAGAUUUGGGGUCAGGGCCUGGCUCUGUGAGGAGGACUGAGGGGUGCUGUGAAAGUGGGAGGAGUUUCAGAGAUGAAAAAUUAUCUUUUGAAGGUGGUACUCCUGGAGGAGGUAAGUGGUUUGUUAGGAGGAAGCCCAGUUCCAUUCCGUACCUCACUCAGGGCCUUUGUCCCACCUCCAGUGGUCUCUCAAGCUCUCUAUGCUGCUGCUGUGGCCCCGCCUCUUCCAGGGCUGGUGGAGAUGGGUUUAGGUGGCUUGCAUCUUAGCCUGGCUGAGCUUGAAGGAUUCCGUAGUUACCUGGGAGUGGGAGAAACUCCCAGCUUCCUUUCUGGCACCCAGAGUUUUUGGUGGCAGAGGGUGAUUAUAUGGGGAUGAGAAAGAUGUGGAAAGGUAAGUUUCUGUAUAGUACAGCAGAGAUUUAAUUUCUAAACAUGUUUGCAGGAUUUUUUUUUUCUCUUAUCUCAGAUCAGGUUAUUUAUGUAUUAUUGAUUGAAAUCUUAAAAUUGCUUUUAUUUUUAAACUUAA